UGAAUUGAUUCUCUCUAAAAUAGGUAAAAACACCUUUUAUGUAGAUACCCAGAGAAGGGAGAAAAGAGGAGAAAAAUAUAAAAGGGGAAGAUUAUUUUCUUAGAGCUUGUGGGUUGAGUUAAUUUAAUUGGAUUGUAGUGACUGGAGUUUUAAUUGGUUAACUUGAAGAAAUAGGCAAGAGCAGAUAUUGUUUUCAACAAACCAGAAGCCAACUCAACCUUAAACUUCCAAGACGUGCAAGGGCUUAUCACCUGGGUGCUUGCUGAUGGGUUCAUGCCAUCAUGGGCUUUUAUCAAAAAUAAGCCUUUGAUCCCUAAAGUGGUAAUGCUGUAUGUCCCUGGCCUUGAUGCAUCUCUAUAUCUAUCACAAUCUAAAGUGCUCAAAGGUUUCAAAGAAUGCUGUGGUGUUCCGAGGCCAGUUUUAGCGCUCAGUUGUGUAUCAGAUGGAAAUCAGACAAUAGAUGCACUUCUCACGUGCAAAUCAAAGAGGAAAAGGAAAGCAGCUGAGCUCAUUUCUCCGAAAAUCACCCAGUCAUCUGAACAAGGUGCUGAGGCUCCCAAUGAGGAGACUCUGUCUUUUGUUGAGCUCAAGAAAGAUAUACCAUUUCCGAUUAGUUAUUACACACUUACGGAUAAGGAACUAGAAGAAAAUGGAUACUGUUAUGAGAAAACAGAAUUUCUUUCAACGCUCCCCGCUCCUUCAGGAACACCUCCACAUGAGGUUUUGGCCCUUGACUGCGAGAUGUGUAUUACAAAGGAAGGCUUUGAGCUUACCAGAGUGACAUUAGUGGAUGUUAAAGGACAGGUUAUGCUGGAUAAAUUGGUCAAACCAUCAAAUGACAUUGUUGACUACAAUACUAGGUAUAGUGGAAUUACUUGUCAGAUGUUGGAAGAUGUGACUACCACUCUUAAAGAUAUCCAGGAGGAGUUCUUGAAAAUGGUUCACAAGGAGACCAUUCUAGUUGGGCAUUCCUUGGAAAAUGAUCUGUUAGCCCUGAAGAUCAGUCAUAAUUUGGUAAUUGAUACCGCUGUGUUGUACAAGCACCCAAGAGGAACCUACAAAGCUGCUCUUCGCGUUCUGAGCAGAAAGUUUCUUGGCAGGGAGAUACAGGACUCAGGCAAUGGGCAUGAUAGCGUUGAAGAUGCAAAAGCUACAUUGGAACUAGCACUACUAAAAAUAAACAAUGGGCCUGAUUUUGGCAUACCUCCAUCUCAACAAUUAUUGCGGCGGAAGCUUCUUUCAGUUCUGAGUGACUCUGGCAAAGGAUCCUCAAUAAUUGAUAAUAUAUCCGUAGUGAGGAGAUAUGGUGGUGAAUUGUCCCAUACAAUUCCAGUAUCAUCUGAUGAUGAAGCUCUUUCAAAAGCCAUUAAAGAGGUCAGAAAUGAUAAAGUUCAGUUUAUCUGGACGCAAUUUGCAGAGCUAUAUGCAUAUUUGAGGAAGCAAGCAGAUGACUCUGAGAAGCUAAAUAAGAAAUUAGCGGAAAUGAUAGCAUUGCUGACGUGUGAGAAACAGUCUAAUAACAGAAAAAGCAUCAAAUUUGAUGUCACUCCUGAACUGAAGGAUAUCUUAAGCCGUAUGAAUCGCAGAGUCAAGAGCAUUUACUCCAAUCUUCCUGUAAAUACUAUGCUUAUUAUUUGCACUGGCCAUGGAGACACUGCAAUAGUUCAAAGAGUGAGGAAGAUCUUGUCGGAGCAGACUGAUGCCUCGAUGUCCCGUGAGAAAAUUGUUAAAGUCUUGGAAGAGUUGCAGGCGCAAGCUGAAGUUGGUUUGUGCUUUGUAGGUGUCAAACACUGAUUUUUUUUUUUUAACUAUCAGACUAUUUACAUUAAAACUCUUAUUGCAAGAGCCCGGUUUAUCAGUGUAGAAAUAGAAUAGGAAUCUGCAAAAUGAGAUAUUUUCCUAUGAGGGGAAUUUUCUUUAUGUAAAGUUAGUUCAUAAUGUGUAAAACGUGUAUAUGUAAGGUGUCUUGUUGCCUUUCAUCGUCUCUGUGGCCGUUAACGAGGAACUGAACCAGAUAUUAGAGUUAUAUGGCCAAGUUAUUACACUUUUCUGUGUGAUUUGUAUGGCCAACUUAUUAUACUUUUUUAUGCCACUUGACUAUUUCUAGGCUAUAUAUGCAAAUAUUUUAGAACUUUUGACUCA